ACCCAAAACAAAUGGCUGCAAUUUCAGCCUCACCAUUCUCAGCUCUGUACUCAAUCCCAACACUCACUCAUUCCCAUUCCCUCUUCCUUUCUCCCUAUCACCACCUUCUAUCAAGAAAAGAGGCACCAUAGCCCUUCAUUCCCUUUUCUGUAUCUUAAUUCUUAAGUUCUUAACCAAAGUCACAACAUUGUUAGCCUAAACCCUAAACUCAAUUACAUAUGAAUUUUUCACUUUUCUUUUUUCCUCUUUAAUUGUAGUCUACACUCUACACCAGUGAGCAAAAGGCCCUAAAGGCCCAAAACCUCCUUCUAGGCCCAGCCCAUCUCCUAGUCUAUCACCUCUGUGAGAUUGUUACACUGAGAACUGAUAUAUCAGUUGAAGAGAAUCAAGGAAAAGGAUAGAGCUCACCAUAAACAAAUGGCUACAAUUUCAGUCUCACCAUUCUCACCUCUCCACCCAAUCCCUACCCUCACUCAUUCCCAUUCCCUCUCAAUUCCCAUUCCUUCUCCCACCGUUUCGUUUCGAAACGUUUCCGCGUCCUUCAAGCUUUUGAGUCCACUCAGGAACACCAGCUCCCGCAGACCCACAAUUCUGAGGUCAGCCGAGGAAGAAACGCCUGUUCCGGCCGAAGAACCAGUCCCGGAAAAAGAAGAAGAAGAAGAAGGUAGUGCCGAGCAGCCCGUUUCGGUACCCGUUUCGCCCUCCGACACUCUCACCAUGUUUUUUCAGGCUGAUGGUACAUUGAGUGAUGCUGCUGUGCCUUCAGUGACCAAAGCCUUAGAGGCAACUGAAGGGAUUACCAACUUGAAGGUUGAAGUCCAUGAGGGUAUUGGAGUUGUUGAGUUGAAAAAGCAGACAACAGUACAAGCUACUGGGGUGGCUUCCAGUUUGGUUGAGGCUAUACAGAGUUCAGGGUUUAAGCUACAAACUUUGAAUUUGAGUUUCGAGGAAGAAGAGGAAAUUGCUGUAUAGAACUUGUAUGCUUGUCUACUAGUAUAUACACAUUUCCACCGAGGUUAAGAAUGAGAAAUGAAUCAUUGAAGCUCUGUUGCCCAUGGAGUCGUCGUUUGUAGUUAGCGAGGGUCAAAGUUUUCUGAUAGUGAUAGGCUGCCAUUUCCAAUUCUUGGUGAAGUUGUAUCUGAGACCAAGUGGAUGAACAAUAUCACUCGUGUGGAACUUGAGAUAUUUUGUAGAAUGCAAAGUGUAUUGAUUUUUUUGCAGUGACUCUACUUAUAACUUUGUAAAGUUGCAUGGAUGCUAUAGAUUUCUGUUUUGUUCUUGAUCAA